AUGUCUACCAUCACCACUCCCCCAGCCUCAUAUGCCUCUACUGGCUACAAAUACAUCUCAGUGUCCCAUGUGCCAGCAAACUCUCCCACGGCAACGAAAGUCGUCAUCGUGGCUCUCAACCGGCCCCAGAAGUAUAAUGCAGUAAACGAGAAUAUGCUCACUGAGCUCGAGUCCGCAUACACACUUUUCAACCAAGACGAGCGAGUUCGCGCCAUUGUUCUCACUGGCAGGGGAAAAGCCUUUUGCGCUGGUGCUGACCUGGAAGUUGGUUUCGCCGGCUUGUUGGCCCACAAGAAGAGCCAAGGUUCGAUGAACAAGUUUAGAGACCAGGGAGGCCGUGUUGCGCUCGCAAUCUCCAAUUGCACCAAGCCGACCAUUGUUGCCUUGAAUGGCCCGGCGGCAGGCUUCGGACUGACCGUGACGCUUCCGGCCACGAUCCGGGUUGCGUGGGCGGAUGCGAAGGUCGGCAUUCCAUUUUCUCGACGGGGCUUGACGCUCGAGUCCUGCAGUGCGUUCUUCUUGCCACGACUUAUCGGCUUGUCCAAGGCCAUGCAUCUCGCAACCACAGGAGCAACGUAUACAGCGUCAGAUCCCCUCGUCAGCGGGCUGUUUUCCAAGCUGCUGCCAACUCCCCAGGAAACGGUUGCGUAUGCGAUCGAGACUGCGGUCGAUAUCGCGGAGAACACGUCACUUGCCAGCACGAAACUCAUGCGCGACAUGAUGCUGUAUUGUCCAUCGACACCAGAGGAGACCCACGUCCUCGACUCGAAGGUCUUCAUCUCCGUCGUUGGCUCAAAGGACAACAUGGAGGGCGUUAGAGGCUUCAUGGAGAAGAGACAGCCGACGUUCGACGGCACUGUAAACAAGGCUGACUUUCCUUUCUGGCCAUGGUGGAGCCCUGACGGUACAGAGCUUGCUAGCCAGCCUCCGGGGAACCCCAAGGCGAUGAUCUAG